GAGGAGAUCAGGUACCAUUAUUGCAGCUAUUCUCUUUAUGGAUAUGAUGCCAUUUGUGAAGUGUUGCACAGGCAAAGCGCAUUAGUGCCAUGACUAGGUGACUCUGUAUGUGUACCCGAGUCUUUGCGACUUUUCCACAUGGAGUUGAACUUGAUUUGCAACUGCGAGACACUACCACCGAACAUCUUCAAGAGCCGGGUGGUGCUUCGGAGAAUGGAUCUCGAUCGACUGGAAGAUGAUCAGUUGGAAGUUAAACCCGUGCAAGAUGAGACUGAGGUUGAAGAAAGAGUGAGGGAAGGCGAUCGCCUGGAAGGUGAAUGCCUGGAAGAUGAUCGACAGGUAGAUGGUCAAGAAGAAGAUGAUCAAUUGGAAGUUAAACCCCUGCAAGAUGAGACUGAGGAUGAAGAAAGAGUGAGGGGAGAUGAUCAAGUGGAAGGUGAUCAACUGGAAGAUGAUCGCCUGGAAGACAACCACCUUGAAGAUGAUCGCCUGGAAGAGGAUGGCCUGGAAGAUGAUCAACUCGAAGAUGAUAAUCUGGAAGAUAAUCGACUGGAAGACGAUCAAGAAGAAAAUGAGACCGAUGAUGAAGAACAAAUUUUUAAAGCAUGUUGGGACAAAUAUCGACUUGAAGUUAAUCGAACAGAAGAUGAGACUGAUUAUGAAGAUAGAGCUUCAAGAUCAUCUUUGGAGGAUGAUAGAAUGGAUGAUGAUCAUCUGGACAAUAAUCGACUGGAAGACGAUCAAGAAGAUGACGACCAACUGGAAGUUAAACCAGUGGAAGAUGAGACUGAUGAUGAAGAAAGGGUUUCAAAAUCAUCUUUGGAUGAUGAUAGACUAGAUGAUCAUCCGGAAUUUAAGUCACUGGAAGAUGAAACUGAAGAUGAAGAAACAGUUUGGGAGGAUGAUCAUCUGGAAGAGGAUCAAUCGGAAGUUAAGCUACAGGAAGAUGAAACCGAUGAUGAAGGAGUUUUGGAAGAUGAUCAAUCAGAAGUUAAACCACAGGAAGAUGAAACUGAUCAUGAAGAAGGAGUUAUGGAAGAUGAUCAACUGGAAGAUGAAACUGAUGAUGAUGAAGAAGGAGAUAUGGAAGACGAUCAAUCGGAAGAUGAAACUGAUGAUGAAGAAGGAGUCUUGGAAGAUGAUUCACUGGAAGACGAUCAACUGGAAGAUGAUCGAUCGGAAGGUAUGCCAGCGGAAGAUGACUCUGAUGAUGAUGAAGAAGAAGUUUUGGAGGAAGAUCCGCCGGAAGACGAUCGUCUGGACGAUGAUCAAACGGAAGAUUAUUCACUGGAAGAAGAGACUGAUGGUGAAGAAAGGGUUUGGGGACGCAAUCGACCUGAAGAUGUCCAACAGGAAGAUGAACAACUGCAAAUAAAGCCACUGGUAGAAGAGUCUGAUGAAGAAUGGGGGAGAACGUUGGCUUCUAUUGUUGGUUCAGAGAGUGAGUGGGGAAAAUCAGCCAUGCGGAACCUGCCAUUACCUGAGCUGAAGCCAUGUUUGCAUGGCGGGAAUCUUGACAAUACUCCGUUUCCAUUGAUUCAACAUGCAAGAAUAGAUCCAGGGACUGAACCUGGAGACGUCAUCGCCACCCACAACAACAACAACUCACUAGACAAAGACACAUCUCAUCAGGAUACCAACGCCGGAAACACUGCCCCAUGCCACCAGAUCAAGAAAGAUACAAUGGAGAGCUGUGUGGGACUACAGCUUCAGUUUGACCAUAGUCAUCCUGCCCACGGAGAUGGCCCGGUACAGGUGUCCCUGGCAGAUGUCGAUGCUGUCGUCAAUGCUGAUGUUGGUACAAGUGCCCCAAACGAUCUCUCGCUCUCACAGUGUCAAGGGGUCAUGGUCCAGGCAGGAGGCAGCGAAGAGACCAACAAUUCCCUCUUGCAGGAAGUUGAUGACAACCUCCUGCAGGCCCUUGUCAACUCGGGUGCAACGGAGCAGCUGGAGAUGGAAUCCUUAGCUCAUCAGCUUAUGAAUGACUCCAUUGAGUUUUCAGAAGCAGAGAUCCAGCAACAUUUGCAGACGGAUAAUAUCAAUGUGGAUUAUUGCAAACAACUUACCAAUGGUCCAGCUGUCAGCAAUAUGGGUGUCAUGGGGAUGCCACCUGUAGCUAUGGUGUCGCAGUCAUUGACAUCCCAGACCCCUGGUGGGAUGGUUGCCCAGCCUUCUUUGAUGGGAUCCAAUCAGCAUCAACCGCAGCACCAGCAGCAAGUACCUAUGCCUAUGAAACAUAAUCACACAAAUCAACCUGACAAUGUGCAGGUAACUUCAAAUUCAUAUGCUAUGGACACCAGUAUGAUGAUAGAAUCAGUUCUUGAAGUACGUGAAGGGGAGGAUGCCACCACAGCUUUAGUGGCGCCCCCUCCUCAACAUCCAGGCUUUGGAUACCAGUCUUAUGCACAUAAUUUUGGAGCAGAUGCACUUGUGAGUGAAAAGGAAUCUGAUAAUACACCUAAUGUGACGAGUGAUGAGCAAGAUCAGGACCUGUUUGCCAAAAAGGUGUGCCAAAUGCAACAAGGUCAUGGAUCAGAAUAUACUGUCGCGACAGGGUAUAGUCCUAAAUAUAAGCAGGUCUAUCAGCAUCAAGGACAGCACAGCCAGCAACAAAGUCCAAAAGCUGGCACAAAGGCCAAAAAGUCCAAGAGCCCAACUCAGUAUCCCAAUCAGCCAGUCACCAGUGAUUCCACACUGUCAAGUCCAUCAUCAACAAAUAAAGGAAUACUCACUAAGAACCACUCAGUCUCAAAGACAAAGGAGGUAAUGAAAACCACUAAAGCAAGGACAAAAGAUAAGCAUGUGACAUCCACAAAGAAGUCUGAAGUAAGUCACAAAAAGUCACCAAAACAGAGUGUAAAAGUUGUAUCAUCUCCGAAAGUUCAAGGUUCUAAAUUAAAACAUAAAGAACACAAAGGACACAAAGUCACUAAGUCACCAUCGAUAUCUCCAGUGUUAUCAGAGGGCAGCAGCAAAUCUACAAAGAAGAUUAUUAAGAAAGUUAGUUUGUCUCCUCAUCGGUUUGUCCCCCCAUCGUUAAGUUCAUCCGAUGAUGAAACUAGGCAUGUACUAGAAUGCAAAAGCAAAGGCAGUGCUCAAAAGACAAAGAAAUCAAAGACGAAACUUUCAGUAACACCUGAUGAUCUGUCUAAGACAAAGAAAACAAAAAAGAGGGACGCCAAAGUAAAAACAAAGAAAAAAUCCAAGUCUAUGAGCCCUUCGUCAUCGAAGUUGGGCUCAAAGAGUGUAAACAGUACUCCCAAGCUCAAAAAGAAAUCUCUGAAAUCAAGUCCAAGUGGAUCGUUGUCAUCAUCAUCACCAUCUUCAUCAUGCCAUAGUGAGAAGUCAUGUAGUAGUAACAGUUCAAGUCCUGUCUCUUCAAAAAGUGGAAAGUUAAAGAAAAAGAAGGUUAAAAAAUUACACAAAAGUGGUGAGGAUAGUCCUAAAAGAGUUGGCACUUUGAGCAGUAGUGGCUCUGGAAAAAUAGUUAGAAAGAAGAAGAAGCUGAAAACAAAGGUCUUGAAUUCAGACAGUGUCCAUUCUUUGAUCAAGAGUGGCAGAUUGUCACCCACUAUGGCAGCUUCUGUCCUUAUGAACAAUAUAGACAGUGAUGAUGACAAUAGAGAUGUUGGAUAUGACAGCAGUACACAGAAAUCACUUAAUGGGAAAAACAGAAAGAUUGCCCAUCUGCCCAAGCUCUCAGUAACCUUACCAACAAGUAGUCUUUCUCAUCCAGAACUUUUGCUGAAGACAGUGCCAAAGACCAAAAAGACAACCAACAAGAAAGUAAAACAAAGUCAGUCGCCGUCACCCUCUGUAAAGAGUGAUAAAAUUGUGAAAAAGACAAAAAAGAUUAAGAGUAAGAACUCAGUGAAGAAGAAUUUAUUAGAAGAAUCUAAGACUUUGAGCCCAACGACUCCGCUUCAUAUUGACAUUCCUGAUACUGAGCAUACCUUUACCCCCAUCACUAAACCAGCAUUUUCUAAUGACAGCAUUUCUAAUUCACACAAAAAGGCCAAAACAAGGAAAGUUGGGAGACCAAAGAAAAAUGCAUCGCCCUCUAGAUCUGAAGAUCAUGGAAAAUCCUCUCAUAACAAAAAAGAUACACAUGUGUUCACCGAACCAGAUCACUCUUCUGCCAUUGGUUUAGGGAAAGGAAAGAAAGUGAGUGAGAAUGGACCGGCAGAAGGACAAUCAAAGCAUAAAGAGCAGACCCCUUCCCCACAAAGUGCCACAACUUGUGUCAGUGAGGAAACCCUCUUUAGUGACAGUGGCAUAGGUACUGAUAACAAUAGCAAUCCUGAUCAACAAUUAAGUGACAAACACAAACGAAUACUAUCUGUCCCACCCACAACUGAAACUGAAAUACCCACCGAGGUUUUGGAAUCACAUCCUCUAGCCACUUCAGAUCAUGGACUUUAUGGUUUUGGGAAGCGGGAAAAACAUAGAAAAUUGAAACAUGCUCAAUGGCAGUACUUGAAUCUGCAUUGCAAGAAGAGAAGGAAAAGAUACCACAUGUCACGUAUGCUUGGCCGUGUUAGUCCAACCUUUCUAUUUGAGAUGGAUUCUUUAGCAAUGAUGAUGGCCGAACUUUCCCUUGUAAGUGUUCCACAGAGUCCGCACCCCGCAAACCUUGCAAAGAAACCUGUAGAAAACUAUCUUACUUCUGUUGCCAAAAUGAACACUACAUACAACUCCUAUCCUCUGAGACCGUCGUACCUGGCUACUGCCUUGAGGUACAAGAAGCUCUAUCUCUGGAACAAACUCCGGAAGAAGAAGAGGCGGGAGCGUGAAAAGAAUCGCUGCCAAGGUGAGACAGAUGAAUCAUCAUACUAUGUGGACUCUUGUGAUUCUGAACCUGUUUUUGGUAUGUUUGAUCAAAGCACAAGUAGUUCGGCAGCCAGAAAAGCACCAAUAUCAUUUGCCAUGGCCAAAUCACCUUGCACAAGCAUGUCACAGGUCAAUAGAGGGCAUGAAAGGACAACCGUAGCUCAGGUACCCUUGAGAGAUGGAUUGACGCCGAUCCUUGAUCAUGGCAAACUGAACAGUUUGCCAGUCACUGAUUUUCAGAUCCCAAAGAGUGUACCUACUCCAAAGAAAGGAAGAAAGAAACAAAUCCCUGAGUCAUUGCCUGUCCAAGUGAGUUUGGCCAAAGCAAAAGUUGUGAAGAAAAAGAGUCCAGGAAGGCCAAGGGGGAGGCCAAGGAAAGUACCAAUUGUUGCCUCAGAAGUUGUUGACAAUCCCCCUGCAUUAGUGUUUCCCACCCUUUCAGCUCCUAAUCAGACACUGCCCCUCCAGGUGUCAGACAAACUUUUUCCAACAGUACAGGUGCCAGACCAACCCCUUCCAUCAGUCCAGGUGUCUGGUCAACUUCCUCCUCAACCAAAGCGAAGAGGUCGUCCACCUAAAAAACUUCUUGAUAUGCCAAAUACUUUGCCAGUAAAACUGCCCCAGCCAAAGGGCACUACAGGUAGGAAGCGAAAAAUAAAAAGUACUAUUGAUUCUGGUUUGAUAAGUCCUGAUACAUUGAUCUUUGAUUCUGCAAACAGUACUAUUUGUGAUGAUCACAUUAUGCCAUCAAUAACGACAGGUGGUGUCAUUAAUGAUAGGACAACUGAAAUUUGCCAUGUAGACCACCUUGCAUCAGACAAUUCAAUCAACGUUGCAGAAAAGGUCACUAAACAACCUAACAAGAUACCAAAGAGGAGAGGCCGCCCUCCUGGAAAAUCAAAGGCAUCAAAUGACAUAAAACAGCGGAAUGUGGUGGACAAACCAGUGCAAAUAGAAACUGUUGCUUGUACAGAGAAAGAGUCUUUCAUUCAGAGUGUCACUAUUGCCAAAAGAAAGCGCAGAAAAAGAGGACCUAAAAAGGGUUGGAAAAAACUUCUAUUGACCGCGAAAACAGUUGCAGAAACUACCAAGGACAGUAUUGGAUGUGAAACAGCUAGUAUUGAUAAUUUAACCGAUUUGGCUCUCCAAACUAAGUCUCGAACAGAAACAUCUCUUGAAGUUCCAAAUUCACCUGUUGAAAUGGUGGAAAGUGCCUCUGAUUCUUUCAUUACUUCUCCCCAAGAAGCUGUAGACCUUGCUUCACCUGAAAAUAGGUUGGAGGAAGGAACGCCAACCAAAGUCCCAGCAGCAAAAGGGACAUCUAGAAAAACAGUCCCUGCCAAAGUGGUGGCUUCAAACAAGAAGGUGCCAAGUAAGGGAGUUUCAUCAAAAGGAGAUUCACCAAAAGAUGAAAAGACCAAAGCAUUAUCAAAAACAAAGAACACAGUUAUUCCAUCCAAAUCAGAUUCAAAUAGAACUGGUCCAGUCAAAAAAUCAAAACAUUCGGGCAAAUCAACACAACCACCUAUACCUGAAUCAACAGACAUCUCACCUGAAACUUCUCCCAAGAUCUCUCCUAAGAUGUCCUCUAAGAAAUUGAAAUUGUCUCCCAAAAAAGUAAAAUUACUUGAAAAGAAAAAAUCAAAGAGAGUCAUUGGUGGAAGGGUGAAAAAAUUGAAGGAACAAACUAACAAAAAACUGAAUGUUGAAAACCUUGAAGAACUACCCGAUGAAGAGCCUUUGUCUUCUCUCAUUACUGGCAAAAUGUCUUUGAUAACUGGCCUGUCACAGCAGACUUUGCCUGCUGCUUGUUCUACCAGUAAAAAAGCUUCCAAAUCAUCAGAACCUGUAGAUGCGCAGCCUUCAGAAUCUGCGAUCGUACCAGUUGAUUCUAAAACCAAGAAGGCAUCUGACAUGAAAGAUGGUUCUGUAGCACCUAAAGGAACAGUGAACAUUGCAAAACCUGAUGUAGUUUCGCAUGAGGGAAGUACAGCAGAUGCCGAAGAUAUUGCCAAGGAAUCAUCAUCGGUUUCAUCUGCAGUGGAGAGUACAUCCACCCCAGAGCCUCAAACCAUUUCCUCACCCUCCUCUUCUUCAGCUUCCACCACCAAACCCUUACCCUCCAAGUCCAUUCCAUCUACCCCCAUUGCCCCAUCCUCUACCCCUGUAUCUCCCCCGCCCGUUCCGGUUGCAAUGUCUGAGAGUUCCAAACUCCAGGCAGCAUCACUGCCGAAGGCUUAUGUCAGGGUGAAGAAGACAUCUCAACAGGUACUGAAGGUCACCAAGAAGAAGGUUCCAGAGACUGCUGUGGCCAAAGCAACAUCUCCAGUGCUGGACGAGUCAUCCAUUCCGCUCAAAAAGAGGAAACUCAUGAAGGAGCCCCCUCCUCAGCUGACAGAACAGGAUCCUAAAGGUGUUCCCAAGGUUCAGACUGAGAUCCUUCCAGUUGACGAACCUCCGGUCCCAUCGUCCACGCCUGACCAAGAAACCACCACGCCCAAGAGGAAAGCAACCAAGCAGCAAGCCAGCAGAGUCUCCAAACCGGACACCAAGAAGAAAAAAAAGAAGAAGAAGAAAAAGAAGAAGAAACAGAAGAAUGCAGAAUCAUCGCCAACGACCCCUCCGACGGGAUCCUCAGGGAGGCAGCCCAAGACGAGACGGAAGCUUGGGCAAACCACCGAAGAGGAGAAGACGCCCACCUUGAAUAAGACGAAAAGGACUUCGGGCAGGAAAGCGAAGGAGGAGCAGUUGGUCAAGAAGAAGUACUGGAGGGCGGGGAUCUACUCGGACACUUUCAAGGAAGAAUUGACCAAGAAAAGGCCAGAUGAAGAGGAAGAGGGUAAGAGUGGGAACAGGGUAUCCCAAGAAGAGACGAAUCCAGCUGCCAAUGAGACCAAAAUGGAUACAGCUCCUCCUGAAUCAUCAACUGCGACGUCCGAAGCAACAGAAGGUGAAGAUGGAAAUCUGUCGAUGGCAGAGAAUUCUUCCUCAGGUACAGGAGCAGAAGGAUCCAAGCCAAGCCCAACAACAUCAACUGAAACAACUCCAGCAGUCGCGUCUGCAACCGCAACAACUCCUCCGGAAACAACAAAGAAGCCUCAGGAAAGUGAAGAUGGGGGGUCGGCGGUUGCAGCAGCAGAACCUGAAGAGAUGGCUGUGGAUGCGCCACGGGAUGCCACUGAAGCAGGGGAUGUCGCUGCACCGUCGGAGGAGAAGGAUGGUACGGCCGAGGAGGGCAGGACAAAGUUACUUCCGUUUCCCUUUCAUGCAGGCAUCAACUUGUGUGAGGAAUGGUUUGAUUUUGAGUUGCCGUACGACAUCUGGUGGCAGUGGGUACACAACAAGCUACCUUCCAGGACUCAAGCACCCAAGUUCAAGAAGAUCAGAAAUAACAUCUACUUUGAUGUGAAACCCACCGUCCAAACGGAGAAUGUCAGAUGCAGCUGCAAGAGGCCUUACAACUCAGAAGAGAAAGGAUGUGGCGAAGAUUGCCUCAACAGGUUGAUCCAACAUGAAUGUUCCUCUGCGUCCUGUCCAUGUGGUGACCAGUGCUCAAACCAAAACAUCCAAAGACAUCAUUGGAGUCCAGGACUUAGGAGAUUCAUGACGGAGUCUCGAGGGUGGGGAGUAAAGACCCUUCAACCCAUCCGCCAUGGCUCUUUCAUCAUCGAGUACUUGGGCGAGGUGAUCAGCGUCAAGGAGCUGUGGAAGAGGGCGCUAGACGACUAUCAGUACCAGAAGCAUCACUACUGUCUCAACCUGGACGGAGGGAUGGUGAUAGAUGGCUAUCGCUACGGCAACGAGGGUCGCUUCGUCAACCACAGUUGCAAUCCCAACUGCGAGAUGCAGAAAUGGAUGGUGAAUGGGUUGUACAGAAUAGGAAUGUUUGCUUUGAGAGAUAUUGAACCAGGGGAGGAGCUCACAUAUGACUACAACUUCCACUCAUUCAACAUGGAGACACAGCAAGAGUGUAACUGCGGUCAUGAGACGUGUCGAGGGUACAUAGGCGGAAGGGCCCAGAAACCCACCACUGUGGUCAAGAAGAACAAGGUCGCAGUCAAGCGGUCAUCGACGUCCAAGAACAGUCGACAGAGCAAGAUCAUGAAGAAGAACCUUGAGGGUCAUCGAGAUGAGGAAGGAGGAGAUGGAACCCCUUCGUCACGACCCCGGGAGCUGCUCCUCCCAAAACCCAUGUCCUACCGGGAGAUGAACUUUGUAGCGGACAACAGACUCUUCUUGCUGCGGAACAUCGAGAGGGUGAAGAGGAUACGGGAGGGUAUCCUCAAGAAACGGGAGACCGGUAGCAGCCAACGGACCAACAUUGCGGAGAGACAGUACACCAAGGAUAGGAGUGGAAAAGAUGUGUUCAUGGCUCAGUUCACGGCGUUGAAGACGUCGCGCUCGGUGAAGACCAGACGUUUGGCUGCCGCUCAGGAGAACACGGAAGUGACGAAAGCGGCACGUCUUGCUCAGGUCUUCAAGGAUAUCUACACCGCGGUCUGCACCUAUCGCAACCCUAGUGGUCAGAGCCUUGCCAUCCCUUUCAUGAAUUUACCAUCUAAGAAAAGGAAUCCCGACUACUACAAGAGGAUCUCUGACCCGGUCGACUUGAGCACCAUCGAGAAGAACCUGAUGACAGGGAAAUACAAGAGCGUUGAAGCCUUUGAUUCGGACUUCCUCAAAGUCUUCAAGAACUCGGAGAAAUACAACGGCAAGCGGUCAGACUUGGGCAAGGAUGCAGCGGUCUUGAGAAAGAUCUACCUGACCGCUAAGGCUCAGGCCACCAGCCAUCUCCAGGACAUCUUGGAACCGGUCAAGAAACAGGUGGACGUGGAGGCUCUCAAAGUGGUCAAGGAUCCCAAGGCUGGUCCAAAGGAAGAGGAAGAAGAAGAGAUAAUCAGGUGUCUGUGUGGUCUCUUCAACGACGAGGGUCUGAUGAUCCAAUGUGAGAAGUGUUAUGUCUGGCAGCACUGUGACUGUGUAGGGGUCAAAGAUCAACCGGAACAUUACCUCUGCGAGAACUGUGACCCUCGACCUGUGCCAAAGGAAAUUGUGAUGGUACCCCAGCCCAAGAAUGCACAACCUAACCAUUCAUACUACCUGUGUCUGCAGAGGGAUGAUACACUUAUAGUCAAACAAGGUGAUUGUGUAUACCUUGCUCAUGAGAACCAGCGGCGUGGCUCCGAUGGAUCACCAAUGAGAACGUCUGCUAGAAUCAUGGCUAAUACCACACCAGACAAGUUUAAUAUCUUCAGGGUCGAAAAGCUCUGGAAAACUGAAAUUGGAGAACGCUUUGUAUUCGGUCACCAUUUCUUGAGGCCCCACGAAACUCAUCAUACUCCGUCCAGAAAGUUCUUCCGAAAUGAGUUGUUCCGAGUGCCUCUGUAUGAGAUCAUCCGACUAGAGUCCAUUGUAGGACUAUGUUGUGUGAUGGACCUUGCCAAGUACUGCAAAGGGAGACCUAAAGGAGUGAAGGAGCAGGAUGUGUAUGUCUGCGAGUACCGUCUGGAUCGGACGGCGCAUCUCUUCAGUCCGAUCGGCAAGCUCAGUCGAUAUCCUAUCUGCACCAAGAGAUACGCUUUUGACAGAUUCGAGAAGAAGCUUGUGCCCAAGAGAGAUUACACGCCUCAUUACAUUCCAGAGCAUUUCAAAAGGCAACAAAGGACUAAUCCUGUCAAAUGUAAGAAGGACAAGAACUCAGGAAGCGAAGAUUCUAUGAACAACUCAGAUCAUGGCAAGAAUGGACUCAACGUAUCAGGGGAUGCACCAAGCUCCUCCGACAAUGCAACUAAGAACAGCAAGAGGCGGAGGGGUCCCAAGACGGAGGCUGAUAAGGAGAGACAACGACAGCGUCUCGACGGCAUCAUGGUUCAUCUUCUAUCUCAACAACGAGCCGCCAAGCAGUGUAAGACCGGCUCGCUUGAUGAUGAUGGUGGUGAUGAUGAAAAAAAUGGUGGCUCGGCUGUCUUGGAUGUGACUUAUCUCCUAGAGCAAGGAAAAAAGCAGAGGAAGAGACAGGCACCGGUAAUGGAAGACUUCGUCUGAGUGUUACCAUGGCGAUAGAAUGACGAGGGAUUGUCGGGGGCGAGGCAUCCGACUACACCCAUCCGCCCACGCCGAAGGAUUCGUGAGGCGAUGUAUUACCAUGGAAACGACAGAAGCAGGAAGCCAAGGAAGCCAUACUUGAUGCGAGUAGGUUGGAUUCCGAUGAAAUCAAAGGAAAAAAAAAAAGUCUUGCGAGAGCAGACAGUACACGGCGGCGAUCUGGAUUUGAAAUGACUAGUGAAGAGUUCUGGAGUCGGAAACAUGUAUGAACAGAUUCAGGGAAUGUGGUAGUUAUUGGUUUAACUUAUGUCGGUAUAGGUAAUAAUAGCUUGUUGAAAUCAUCAAAUGAUUAACACAUCUUAGGUCGAAAUCAAACGAAAUCGAGACCUUUGGAUGGUAAAGGAGAAUGUUCAUUCCUCCUUCGUUGAAAGUUACUAAAACAAAAUUAAUAAGUCCCAUCCAAUACUACAGUAUGUAAAGCAUAUUGGAU